GCUAAGACAAAAUAGAUACAGUUGUUUCGAUUUACAAAACAAUACCCAUAUCGAUUAUUUAAGAUGAAGUUGAUUAUCUCGUGGACUUUUGUGCCGUUUCAGCUCUCCUCCGGAAAUAGCGUCAGCCAUGACCUUCCUUCUUCGGAUCACGUCUGUCAUGUCGACAGCACAGGCUAACAUCCCUGGCAUGUAAGGCUAGUUGUAGAAAAUGUGCACUUCUACAUAGAUGGUGCUGUCAUUAAGGUUCAUUUGUUGUGGUUGGAGGGAACAUAUGUAUCCAGGUGUCUGAUGACACACUGUUUAAUUUGGGAACAAUGGUGAAAUAUUUCCACUGCGUUGGGCUUCUCAAGAACACAUGGGACCAAGUCUGCCUGGCUUUCUGGCAGCGAUACCCCAACCCCUACAGCAAUCAUGUUUUGACGGAGGACAUUGUUUUCCGCGAGGUGACUCCUGACAACCGGCUCAUUUCCAGACGCCUGCUGACCAAAACAAACAGAGCCCCACGCUGGGCCGAGAAGUUCUUGCCCAAGCAAAUGGCCCGCUUGGCGUACAUUGUCGAGGACUCUAUUAUCGACCCAAAGAACCGGACCAUGACCACAGUCACCUGGAACAUUACUCACGCGCGCCUCAUGUCAGUUAAGGAGCACUGUGUUUAUGCUGUAAAUCCUGACAACAGCAACUGGACGGAGAUAAAGCGUGAGGCAUGGAUCUCUUCGAGCCUCUACGGGCUUUCCAGAGCCAUCCAGGAAUUUGGUGUUGCAAGAUUCAAGACCAGUGUUACCAAAACCAUGAAAGGGUUUGAAUAUGUUUUGGCUAGAAUGCAAGGCGAGACGCCCUCCAAGACGCUGGCGGAGACGGCCACAGAGAAGGCCCGCGAGACGGCUCUGGCAGCAAAGGAAAAGGCCAAAGACCUGGCGUCGCAGGCCCAGAAGAAGCAGUAUGUGUGAAUGGGUGGGAUGUGGUGGUGCUCGUGCUCUCCCAUGUGCUCUUUGGGAUGCCACUCAUGCUCCCCCCCCCCCCACACACACACACACACACACAUGCGCACUCGCCACACCUCCGUGCACUAGAUCUCUUAUUCUCUGUGUGUGUGACCCAGUCAUCUCUACUUGACCUGAGUGUGUAUCUCCACGUCAGCCUUAUCCCGGGUCAAGACAUGACGGAUGCGGAUGUACAUCUUCCUCCAUUUAGUGUCUGUUUUUUUGUUUGUUUUUUCUUAUUCAGGAGUAGUUACUAAUGGGUUGUUCUCAUUAAUCGAGGAUGGGUGGGUGGAUAGAUAGAUGUAGGUCUUAAUUUCUCCGUCGACUUUCCUUUGUAUGUGACUCUACAUACUUGACUCUAUCUCAGCAGACAGUUAUGCUGCCUUUAUGUUUUUCUGUUGUCUCCUUGUCCACGGAUUCCGUUAUCAGAUGCUGUUUCUGUUUCACCAUUUGUGUUCCUUACCCUGCUCCCCAUCUUUAUCUCUGUACCGCGUAGUUUCAUUGCUUCAAAUUGAAGUGAUUUUUGUCAGAUGAUGGGUCCACGUUAAUUGCAGUCUUGGCCUGGUUAGGCAAACUGGGCUUUCAUUCAAAACAGGACAGGACCACCAAAACAUAACCCACUGUGGUGGCCAACUCCACCUAAUCAAUGAAACACUUACUUUAGUUUACCCAUAACAUCACUAGAGCUCAGGGUAUUCCAGAAUAUAAAGCGGUCAUCCUAUGAAUAGCAGUGAAUACAUUUAGGCCUUAAAAGGCGUUUCAUGGACGUCUUUUGUCCUAGUCCUCAAGUGUGAAUGAAGACUGGUUUGGGUUGUGUGCAUUUCAGAUGGACCGCACAGUUGCUAUGUUCAAAACAUGGGAGAAUUGAUUGCAAUGGGCAGCAGUGUCUGUAUACUAUAUAUGCUUGAAAAUGUACUGAAAGAAAUGAAUUGCAUCAUUCAAAUCUACCAAAGUAGAGAUGGUCUUGAUUAUUAAUGAUUAUCUUGGUGAAAUGCUACAAAUGUGUUACAGGACUAGAAAGUGAAUGACAUAUGCUUGAUGAGAAUAAAUAUUUUCUAUU